CGUGGCCGCUGUGGCGCGAGUCAGCCCGAGCUUCCCUCCACUGCAGCCUGCCGAGGGAGUAUCGCUGGGCCACCGGUGGCGGCAGCGUGCGGGUCGGAAGCUCAGCCUGGGCACCGCGCACGCGCCAGAAGCAGUGCGGGACAGCGGAGACCGCCGCAGGAUGGGUCCCUCGGGGCUGCUGGUGGCCCUAGCCUUGCACCUGGCAGUGUGCUCCCGUCCGCACCGGGACUACUGCGUGCUGGGCGCCGGUCCUGCGGGCCUGCAGAUGGCCGCCCUCCUGCAUCGAGCCGGCAGGGACUACGAGGUAUUCGAACGCGAGUCCGCACCUGGCAGCUUCUUCACUCGAUACCCGCGCCACCGCAAGCUCAUCAGCAUCAACAAGCGGCACACGGGCAAGGCCAACGCUGAGUUCAACCUCCGCCACGACUGGAACUCUCUGCUCAGCGAUGACCCACACCUGCUCUUCAGACACUACUCACAGGCUUACUUCCCCGACGCCAGCGACAUGGUGCGCUACCUGGGUGACUUCGCACAGCGCCUGAGGCUCCAUGUGUUAUACAACACAAACAUCACCCAUGUGACUCUGGACAAGGAUCCACAAGCCUGGAAUGGCCAUUACUUCAUUCUGACGGACCAGAAGGGCCAGGUUUACCAGUGCAGCGUCCUACUUGUAGCCACUGGUCUGGCAGUCCCCAAACUGGUUGACUUCCCUGGCUCUGAAUAUGUGGAGGGGUACGAGUCUGUGUCCGUAGAUCCUGAAGACUUUGUGGGUCAGAAUGUGUUGAUCCUGGGCCAUGGGAACUCAGCCUUCGAGACAGCAGAAAACAUCUUGGGUGUCACUAACUUUGUCCACAUGCUGAGCCGUUCCCGGGUUCGGCUCUCCUGGGCCACCCACUAUGUUGGAGACGUCAGGGCCAUCAACAAUGGCCUACUGGACACCUACCAACUGAAAUCACUAGACGGGCUCCUAGAAUCAGACCUGGAGUAUCUGGCCCUCGUGAAGGACAGCAAGGGCAAGUUCCACAUCACCCUGAAGUUCCUCCUGGAGAAUACCAGCAACCAGAGUGCCGACUCCAUCCCCCUCCCGGAGGAUGACAAUGACAACUUUGCCAUGCGGGUAGCCUAUGACCGUGUCAUCCGCUGCCUGGGCUGGAAGUUUGACUUCUCCAUUUUCGACCAGUCCCUCAGACUCUCCUCAGGAACUGAGUUCAGCAAGAAGUACCCACUGAUCAAAGCCAGCUAUGAAUCCAAAGGAAGCCGAGGUCUCUUUAUUCUAGGGACCGCCAGCCACUCGGUGGACUACCGGAAAUCUGCUGGCGGAUUCAUCCAUGGAUUCCGAUACACAGUGCGUGCUGUCCACCGGCUGCUGGAACAUCGGUACCAUGGUAUCUCCUGGCCGUCCACAGAGUACCCCAUCACACAGCUGACCAGCUCCAUCAUUCGGCGUGUAAAUGAGGCUUCUGGGCUGUACCAGAUGUUCAGCGUGCUGGCUGACAUCAUCCUGUUGAAGGAGAACGCUACAGCAUUUGAAUACCUGGAGGAGUUCCCUAUGCAGAUGCUGGCCCAGCUGGAGAUGCUCACAGGGAGGACUGCACGGCACGGGCUCUUUGUCAUCAAUAUGGAAUAUGGCAAAAACUUCUCUGGGCCUGAAAAGGACGUCUUCUAUUAUGACCGGUCUGUGGCACACAUAGAAGAUGCCUGGAUGUCUAACUUCCUUCACCCUGUCAUCUACUACUACAGACACCUCCCCACCGAGCAAGAUAUGCGAUUCCGUCCUGCACAGUGGCCCCUGCCUCGGCCUGUGGCCAUCCACCACAUUGUAGAGGACUUCCUGACUGACUGGACAGCUCCAGUGGGACACAUCCUCCCAUUGAGGCGCUUCCUAGAAAACUGUCUGGACACAGAUCUGCGUAGCUUUUAUGCAGAGUCCUGUUUCCUGUUCACUCUCACACACCAGAGGCUGCCGCCCUUUUGCCAGCAGGGCUACCUGAGAAUGCAGGGGCUCUCAAGCACCAAGAGCCUCCGGCAGCAUGGUGUGGAAAGCAGACUCCUGCAGGACUAUGCGGCCAUGGAGAACAGCAGCAGGGGGCUUGGUGACCACUCCUCAGCUCCAGGGCUUCUGACUCAACCCCUUGACAGCAACAGAGAGGAGCUCUGAGCAUCCACUCCCAGACUAUGGUGGCUGGCACCUCUCCAGGAACCUAUGCCAGGGGAAACCUCUCUCCCACCUUUCAGGCUGCUCAGGACCAUCACAGAGAUAACAGACAACAGGACUGCCUGUAGAGUGCAGAAGGCUGGGAUAAGGUCACAUAGUAGUGUCCCUUCCCGUGCUGGCCCCUGGUGCUAGAUGCAAGGUCAACAGGAGGGCACCUUCUGUCAGGUAUGAGAUGCCUUCCACAUCCAGCUUGUGUCCAGCUUGGACCAUUGCUAAGUAAACACCAUGCUGGUCUUGUGUGUCUGCUUCUAGGACCAGCCAGUCUCCUUUUCUUUUUUCCUUCAGGUUCACUCUGCAGAUGGCCUUGGCUCUACCUGGGGAACAUCUCAAAGCUGAAGGCCCCUCGUUUCCACAGUGGGCGUAUUAGAGUCUAGGCUUAGAGUCUUCAGCAGUCAGGUAGACAGUUGGGAUCUCUGCUUCCCAGUACAGAUAUGGACCCCAACUCAGAAGCAUCAAAUAUCUCCCAGUGUCCUCAUCCAGGAGGCCUGCCCCUAUGCCACUCUUUCUUUCCACACUGUGCCGCCUGCCUUCCCUGGCAGUCAGGCUGGGCAUCACAGACCCAAAGGGCUGGUAUAGGGCAGAGACAGGAAACUCCUGCAAGGUCAUCUGUCCGACUGGUUUCCCAGAAGCAGGGCAUCUCAGUGCUGUCCUGUCCCCAAGAUCACGCUCCCAGGAAUCAGCAGCCCGUGUGUCCCUCUCCCACCUUGCUGCCUGGCAUCCUGAGCCAUAUCUUUCUUGAGCCCUGCCUGGGCAGGUUUAAGGUGAUGCUGUGCCUGCUGCCUUGGGCAUGGAAAUGUUGACACUUGCCCAGCUCCAGGCUGCCCUGAUGCUCCUCCCCUCUGCCUUGCCUUCCCUCCCGAGUGCACGCUCAGCUGACAAAUUAGCAAAGAAGCCAUGAGGAAAGCAUUGCCCACAAGGGCAGCAUGGUGAUCACAUGAUUUUCUGUAGCCCCAGAGUGCAGGUGCUGUUUCUCAUCAGCUCUCUAUCAGUCUUCAUGGAGGCCACUCAAAUGUCCAGGGACACAACCCAAAGCCCCUUCCUGGGAUCAUCCCCUUCUCCAUGGGAGAGUCUUGGCUGGCUCUAAGCCCUCUUAGCCACUUGACCUGCCUGCAGCCAUCUUCCUUUCUGACCUACCAGGUCCUAACAGGACAAUUCAACAACUUCAUGUCACCAGAAGGAACUGUGUACCCCUGAACCUACUUGGGGUAGUUUGCACAGGGCCAAACCUUCUAAGUCACCAUCCAAACCCAGGACGUCAGUGUUGCCAUAUUUCACACAGAUUGACUAGCAAGCCAAACUGGGACUCUGCCAGCCCACCCUCCUCUCCAAAGCAUUUUCAAAUGAGUCUUUGAUUUAGCACUACAAAAUUGAAUCUUGCUCCUUACAUCUCGCCCUCCAGUCAUCGAGGAUGGCUGAGCCACUUGUUUAGUGCCUUAGCAAGUAGCUGGCUGACACCCUUGUAUAAGACAUCUGCUGCUUCCUGUCAUCUGCCAGAUCGUUGAUUCCAUCAAAAUAUCAGGCAGCCUUAUUUGUUUUUAACACGGAGUAUUCCGUUCUUGCUCAAUUGACUAGAGAUGUCUUCUACUUCCCCUACCCUAUAGGGAUUCCAUGUCCUGGCCUGGUACUUAUUAUAUAGCCCAGCCUGCACUUGGACUCAUGGCAAUUCUCCUGCCUCAAACUCUCAAGUACUGGGAUUACAAGCUUGAACCAUAUAACCUUCUCUUUUAAGACUUAUUUUUACUUAUGUGUACUCGUAUGUGGCUGUGUGUGGUAUGUGUACAUGAGUGCAGGUGCCCAGAGACCAGAAGAGAGUGUCAGAGCCCCUUAAAGCUGGAGUUACAGGAGGUUGUGAGCUACCUCGUGUGGGGGCUGUGAACUGAGCUCAAAUCCUCUGGAAGAGCAGUAAGUGCUGAGGCAAUUGCUCUGGAACCCCUUCCCCAUAACUAUUUUAAAGAAAAAAAUUAAAAAUAAGGCAAGCUAAAUGUGGCACACACCAAUAUCCUAGCAUUAGGGUGGCCAACACAGAAGAACUGAGGUUUAAAGCUAGCCUGGGCUACGUGGAGAGUUCCAGUAUGGGCAACUUAAAAAGAUCUUAUCUCAAAGAAGAAACUUUAAAAAAACAAAAAUAACUGGUCUUUAUUCUUAGCAUGCCCAAAGCUCAGGGUGGAGAAUCUCUUGUGAAUUCAAGGCCAUCCUGGUUGACACAGUAAAUUCCAGGCCAGCAAGAGCUAUAUAAUGAGACCCUCUCUCAAUCAAUCAAUCAAUCAAUCAAUCAAUAAGCGGGAAUAAUUACGGUGAAUGAAGUAGUUGAAAUAAGUGAGAGACACGAAGAGUUACGUCACUUCUCAUGAUCAUCUCUUAAGGGGGGUAGGGAAGGGCUGAUGAGUAUGCCCCACAUGACACUGCAUAUGACGUGGUACCUGAUGAGAAGGGGCAGCAGCUGCUUGUAACUGUGGUGAUAGGAAAGCACAGUGGCUCUGCUGGGGCUGCGGGACUAGGUUCUUUAUUCCUCUUUUGAUCAAAUUUGUGUUUAUUUUUCAAAUGUGAUUGUAUGCUACUGAAAUAAAAAUACAUUUAUUUUUAAACAA